CCUGGAACCCCGGGGGCCCCUGGCCUCGGUGUCAUCCUCCAGCAAGGCCUCCGGGCGGGUCGACCGCUCCUGAGACCGGCCUUCGCAGACACGCCCGAUGCACGCUGGGUGCCACCAGGAGCAGUUUCUGCCUGGGGCCGCCCGGGGCCCGGCUGCCCUGCUCACCCGCCUCUGAGCACCCCCUCCGAGCUCGCCUCCCUUCCACCCGGGCCACGGGCGCCCUGGGAGGCCCUGGAGAUGCCCGCAGGCCUCCCGUCUGCGGUCCCCGGCGGGCCCUAGCUGCGCACAGCGGCCGGAGGAGGCGGAGGGGGGGCGGCCGUGGGGUGGCGGUCGCCCUGAUCCUAAUGGCCCUGCUGGCGCCCUCGGGGGCGGUGGUGCGGGCCGUGCGGGCCGGCAACGCCAGCAGCCUGGACUUCGCGGACCCGCCGGCCCUGUGUGGGGUGCCCCUGGCCCCCGAGGGCGUGCGGGGCUACCUGACGGAGGCCGAGCCGGCCGACGCGUGCCGCCCCCUCGAGGGCCCGCGGCCCGGCAACGGCUCGCUGGGCGCCACCGCGCUGAUCCGCCCAUACGACUGCGCGUUCGACCUCAAGGCGCUGCGCGCGCAGCGGGCCGGCUUCGAGGCGGCCGUCGUGCGCAACGCGCGCUCCGACGAGCUGGUGCGCACGGCGCCCGGGUUCGAGGGGCCGCGACGCCAGAUCGCCGUCCCCUCGGUGUUCGUGGGCGAGGCCGCCUCGCGGGACCUGCGGCUCAUCGUGCGCUGCGACAGGUCGGCCCACGUCCUCCGGCUGCCCGACUACCCGCCGUGCCCCAGCCCGGACCGCCACCCCGUGCCGGCCGCGUCCUGGGUGCUGGGCCGCGCCCUGGCCCUGCUCACGUCCGCCGUCUUCGUCCUGCGACGGCUGUGGGCCUGGCUGGGGGCCCGGGGGCCCCGGGAGCCGGCGGCCCAGACGCAGGCCCGCCGGAAGGCCCGGGUCCGCACCUUCACGCGGAGGAACGACCUGUGUGCCAUCUGCCUGGACGAGUACGAGGAGGGCGACCGGCUCAAGAUCCUGCCCUGCUCCCACACCUAUCACUGCAAGUGCAUCGACCCCUGGUUCGCCCAGGCCGCCCGCCGCUCCUGCCCCGUGUGCCAGCGGUCGCUGGCCGGCACGGAGGACGGCUCCGACUCCACCGUCGAGAGCUUGGGCGACGAGGACCCCUCGCUGCCCGGCCACCGGCCCCCGCUCUGGGCCGUCCAGGCCCGGCUGCGCUCGCGGAGGCUGCGGCUGCUGGCCCGAGCCAGCUCGAACGGCCGCGCCGAGGCCACUGCGCCCCCGGAGAGGCCCCCAGAGCCGCCGUGAGGCCCCGCGGCCCCUGGCCGACCCAGAUCGGGGCAGGGAGGGUGGAAAUGCGGAGUGUUUCUAGUCUAGAGAGAAUAAAGUGGGUCUGAAAGCGGA